AUGUCACAUUUUGGUGCACUAGCGGCGGCCAGUAGCCGGUAUGCAGCGCUAUGUGGAACACCAACGGAUCCAAGGACGCUGCCUUGGUACUGGGGAAGAAUACCUUCUCAGGUUCCUAAAGACCAAUCAAGUCCUAACGGAGGCUCAACGACUGAAGACCCUAGUCCACCUACUUCUCCUCGAGACAACCAACCCCAUUCGAACAACAACCAAGAAAGCCGGUCCUCAAGACCCUCCUCCCCAUCAGAUCAUCAACGUUCCCCUACUUCCAGCCCUAACAACUCAACCAUCAUCCCUUCCUCGCAUCCAGCGUUCCUUGAACAAAACUACCUUAGCAUACGAUCCAAAAGUCCCUAUAGAGAAAACGAUAAUUUGGUUAUAGAAGAAGAUAUAGAAGAUGAAGAGAGUGAUUACGAUAACGAUAAAGACAAGAAAACGAGUAAUUCUAGUUUGAGUCCGGGAAAUUCGUUGUCGAAUAAAAGAAAAAAGAAGACAAGAACAGUGUUUUCCCGGUCGCAAGUGUUUCAGUUGGAGAGUACGUUCGAUAUGAAGAGGUAUUUGUCCAGUUCGGAAAGAGCGGGAUUGGCUGCUAGUUUACAUCUUACAGAAACACAGGUAAAAAUAUGGUUUCAAAAUCGACGAAACAAAUGGAAAAGACAACUGGCCGCCGAAUUAGAAGCAGCCAAUAUGGCCCAUGCAGCUCAAAGGCUGGUCAGAGUUCCGAUCCUCUACCACGAAUCCGCUAACUCUUCCAUAAGGCAUCCUUUCGAACAAAAUCAUCCACUAAGUCUCCAUCACCCUCUCGACAAUCGAGACAAUGGUAGCACUGGAAGCGCUUCCGUAGUUUCGAGUCCCGGGUAUCCCAGUAGUUUGUAUUACCACCACCAGGCAGCUGUCGCUGCGGCUGUUCAUAGUUUACCUUCUAGUCCUGUCAGUAGGCCGCCUAUGUCUGGUUUAGUAUGAAUGUAAGAGAAAGAUAGUUGACUUGUUUGUGAUAAUUUGGGAUAUAUUAACGAAUGUGUAAUUUAUUAAAAAAUUGUUGUUUUAAACUAUAAAAAAUAUGGGAAAUAAUUCCAAACUCAAAUGCGAC